AUGGACUGCGGAAAGUGCACGAAGACCCUGGCGGAUAAAGAUGCAAUCAAAUGUACAUCCUGCACACUCAACAUGCACUACUGGUGUGCCGGCUUAUCGGCUGAAGACUUCAAAAAAAUUUUGCCGAUGAAUAAAAUAAAAUGGAAAUGCCUCACUUGUAAAGCCAAAAAGCAACUGGGCUCUGGAUCUGCCAACUCUCCAAAGCAGACCAUUCAGACCAUAGAGCCUGGCGCAUCAAUAUUAAAUAUCGACAACGAUGCACUAACUGAGUACUUAGACUGCAAAUUCAAAGUGUUAAGUGAACAAUGGCGUGCAGAUAUCCGUGAGGCCAUCAGUGAUCUCACUGACACUUUUAAGGCAGAUGUCCAGGAACUUACCUCACGAAUCAAUACCUGUGAAGAAAACUUACAAAAACUAGAGCAGAAAUUAGACUCGACGUCGCCGCCUGAAAAUGACACAUCGCUAAGGGCCGAAAAUGAACAACUUCGAAAGGACAUGGAGGACCUCCUAGAGAAAUUAGAUGACAUGGACCAGUCCGCACGACUGUGCAAUGUAGAAAUUCAAAAUAUUCCUGAAAGAAGAGGUGAAAACCUUGUGCAAAUGGCCAGCGACAUAGGACGUAUGCUUGGAGUCGAGUUGCCUCCCGAAAAAAUCCAAGCAAUUCAUCGAACAGCUCACAGCGUCGCCAGUGAUCGCCCGAAAAACAUAGUGUUGCAACUUACCACUCGACGGCUGCGCGAUGACGUCAUUGCUGCGGCCCGCGCUCGCCGAACACUGACCACCGCCGACCUACUGCCUGCCACUAGUGCUGCCGAAGUGGCCAGCGUACGGCGAUUUUAUGUCAACGAGCACCUCACUUUAAAGAAAAAGAUUCUUUUUGGCAAAGCGCGGAAAAUAGCUAAAGAAAAAGAAUAUAAAUAUAUCUGGGUCAAGAACGCUAAUAUUUUGUUGCGAAAAACUGACGACGCUCGCGUACUCCAUAUUCGCAACGAUAGUGAUUUAAUGAAAAUAUGA